AUGUUGUCGGAGCCAGUUGAGAAUGGGCUCAACACUGGUGCACCCAAUGGGCCUUGUUACACUCCAGCCUAUGCCUCAAAUCCGGGUGCUCUUCUCCAGCCUACUGCGCCAAACACACCGACGUUAUUCACGCCUCUUAGCAUUCGAUCCAAAACUCUCAAAAAUCGAAUAAUAGUGUCGCCUAUGUGUCAAUACUCAGCUGCCGCGAAGGGGCCCGACGUGGGCAAGUUGACGGACUGGCAUCUGGCAACACUCGGGCAUUACGCUAUCAAGGGCGCCGCCCUUAUUUUCGCUGAAGCCGCAGGUGUACAGCCCAACGGUCGUAUUACGCCUCAGUGCCCUGGUUUAUGGAGCGAUGAGCAAACAGCUAGCUUCAAGCGGGUUUCGGAUUUCAUUAAAUCACAGGGUGCUUUGUCAGGAAUACAGUUAGCCCAUGCUGGCCGCAAGGCGAGCACUGCGCCCCUUGGAUUUCAGCUCAAAUGA